AAUUAAAAUUCCAUUAUCACUAAAUAGGCCUACAUCCUCAUUUUCUCCCAUUAUUAGAGUUAUAGCCCUUCACAUUUUCCUCUUAAUUUCCAUGUUCCUCCCGAGUCCCAAGUAUUUGAGGGAGGGAAAGAGAGGUUAUAGAGAGAAGGUCAAAUGGAGGAGAUGAACCAACAGUUUCUUGUUUAAGUUUUUCUUCUUUUUAAGUUUUAGUUGCUACCCUACUUUAUUAAAAAAGUGUUGCACUUAAGUGUGGCAAGGCGUGGUGGUUCUCCUGAACCUAGGUGCAAAAACAGCAUAUGCAUAACCAUCAUGGGAUGACCUGGUGGUCAAUAAGGGCCAAUGUAAAUAGCAAAUGACUUAAAGGAAAUGGGUUCAAACCAUGGUGGCCACCUACCUAGGAUUUAAUAUCCUUGUCAAGCAAAUGUAGUAGGGUCAGGCGGUUGGUCCGUGAUUAGUCGAAGUGCGCGCAAGCUGGUCUGGACACACGGAUAUAAAAAAAAUGGUUUACGUAUAUUGGUUUCAGUUGUAAACUUGACUAAGCUUAUAUAAUUAGGUUGUUAGUCCAAUUCUGACAUCAUGGAUUCAGGUUGAAACUCAACCUUUUUUGUUUCUCUUUUUGAUAAAAACAUCUUCAUAUUAUCUAUUGAAAAGUGUUGAAAAGAAGCACUCUGAGUUUCUGAUCACUGAACUAGAGUAUGCAAAUUUCUUGCAAGUUCUGUUCAUUUUAGCUUCCCAAAGUUGAAAAAAUAGACCAUUCAAAUUCGUAUUAUCUUCAAUUUGGGAACAACUAUAUAUGGUUCUCCAUCUUCAUAUGACACAGGAAGGGCUCAUGUGCUGUGUAAUUUCAUUGUUAGUGUAUUCAGUUUUCUCUCUGUUGUGGAAAUAUUGAAUCAGCCAACCAUCUUUUUUCGGAUUAUAUUUUUACUCAGAAAGACUUUGGUAAGGAUGUUAAUUGUCAUCAUGUGAGGCUGAUUGGUGAUGGGUCUUAACUCUUAGCAGUAACUUGCAACUUGGCUUAUAGAAUAACUUUUCAUGAUAUCAGAAGAUGAUGGGAAGAUAUUUUGGGAUCUUAUAAUUUGCGUUGCUUCUUCCCCCUGGAAUGCCCUCAAAUUAUUUUUAUAAAUUGUAAGUAAUCACACAUUUUCUUCUUUAGCAGCCAAUUGAAAGGUUUUCUGUCUUAGGAUCUUUUCCUGGAGAGUUGUCUUCCUCUUGUCCUCUCUAUAGCUUCAAUGAAGUAAUCAUGUUCCUUAUGGAAAAGAAAAAACAAAUUAGCCUAUUGAACGCGAUUUUGCAGUGUUUCUCAUCCAACAUUAGAUGAAAAUACUCGAGCAGCGAAAAGGGAUUCGGAAGGAAAGCAUGGAUGAGUACUUUCCUUUAACCAAGAUUAGCUGUGUAGAUUGAAAAGCUCCUACUUCUAUUAUAUAUGACACUUUUCUCUUGUAAUCUUGAAAGCUUUCAAUUUGGGAAUAAAGUUUCAGAUCUGUCCAUUUUUAGUUAUGUAAACCCCCCCAAAUUCAGUGAGACUUAACUUGUACGUAUGUAAAUGUGAGAAUGGUUAAGCUUGAAAGCUAACUAAAGCCAAUGGAGGAAGCAAUAAGAUAGCUUGAAUCAGAAUGCAGGUUAGACGUUAUGAUUUUGUUUGUUUUUGUAUUCGUAUAAAAAAGGCUGAGUUCUGCAGACCAUCAUAUCAAACUAGAGAGAGUGAGAGAGAGAGAGAGUAAGGAGAGAGAGAUUGGUGCAAAAAAUGGAGGGAAUGAAGAGGAUGGCAGUUCUGGUGGGAUGCAAUUACCCUAAUACCAAGUAUGAGUUACAUGGCUGCAUAAAUGAUGUAAUGGCCAUGCGAGAAAAGUUGGUGAGCAGGUUCGGUUUUGAUCCGAGCAAUAUUCAGGUGUUGACUGAUGAGCCGGGCUCAUUGCUGAUCCCCACCGGUGCUAAUAUCAAGCGCUCGCUUGGGCGAAUGAUUGGUAAGGCUGAAUCGGGAGAUGUUCUGUUCUUUCACUACAGUGGACAUGGAACCAGAGUUCCAUCCAUGAAACAUGGCAACUUCCUUCAUCAAGAUGAGGCCAUUGUGCCCUGUGACUUCAACCUCAUUACAGAUAUCGAUUUCCGUCACCUUGUCAACCGCCUGCCUAAGGGAGCCAGCUUCACCAUGGUUUCCGACUCGUGCCAUAGCGGUGGUCUAAUCGACAAAGAGAAGGAGCAGAUCGGACCUUCCACCAUAAUCAACGGCGAAAAACUCCAACUCCCACCUCCAUCUGCAGUUGCAAAGGCAAAAACCAUCCCUUUCCAAUCAAUUCUGCAGCACCUUUCAUCACUUACCAACAUCAACCCAACAGACAUUGGCACCCACAUGCUGGAAUCCUUCGGAGCCGACGCCAGCCUCAAGUUUCAGCUGCACCCGCGUGAGCUCGACUCGAUCAACGCAGUGAAGCCCGAUGCAGGGAUUCUGCUGAGCGGGUGCCAAGCAAACGAGAGUUCAGCAGACAUGAACCCGAGUGGUGCAGGAGGGAAAGCUUACGGGGCAUUCAGCAAUGCAAUCGAGAGCGUGUUCAAGGAGAACCCGGGGGCGCUCUCGAACAAACAGGUGGUGGUCAUGGCGAGGGAGAGGUUGAAACAGCAGGGCUUGGCGGAGCAGCACCCAUGCCUGUAUUGCAGCGAUGAGAAUGCUGAGGCUAAGUUCUUGUGCCAGCGCCCAUAGAUAAAAGUAUUAACCAUUUAAAUUAAAUAAAAUAAACUGUAUGAUUAUUUUUA